AUGGCUGCGGAGGACGUGCGGAGCUCGCCCGCUGCGAAACCGUGCAGUCACGAGCAGUCACGAGCAGUCACGAGCAGUCACGCUCAGUCACGAGCUGUCACGAGCCGCCGCCGGGCCGCGCCAAAGUUCAGCCAAGCUCAGCCAAGCUCAGCGAGUGCGCGCAAGUGAUCGAGCAGGUCCGAGCUUCGCAAGGCCAAACUCGGGGAACUCGGCUCGGGCGCUUGUACUCGUCCUCACCACCGGCAACCCAUCUCAACGCCACAUUCAGCGUCAUCUACGCACACUUUGAACAGUGAGUCGUCUACCUGCUACUACCGCACGGGCUGGUCCAAGCUGACGUACGAUCUGCGCCUCACCCCGCUGCGCUCGCAGUGCGAUGUAAGCCCAACCAUCACCACCCAUACCAGAUUCCAACUGAUGGACUUAUGACCGCUCAUCUCAUCGGUACUUUUCGCACGAAUCCUAACCCACACUCCUCUUGCCUCCCCCUCCUCCUUUCUCCUUCCCCCUCCUGCUCCUGCCCCUCGUCGCCCUCCCUUCCUCCCUUCCUCCCCAUCGAACCCCGCUCUCCCGCUCCCACCACAGACGCCGUUCUCGUAACCGGUCCGGCAGGAGCGGGCAAGUCCACCUUCUGCGCCUCCCUCAUAACCCACGCGCAAUCCCUCGGCCGUUCGGUCCAUCUCUUCAACCUCGAUCCCGCAGCGGACAAGUUCGAGCACCCUCCUUCGAUCGAUAUCAAGGAUCUGGUCUCGUUGGAAGAGGUGAUGGACGAUUUGCAGUUGGGCCCUAAUGGGGGCUUGAUUUAUUGCUUUGAGUGAGUGCGACGAGCGCGAUCAGUCAUGCCAGCUUUCGUCAGGCUUUUCUCGGGGUGGGGAGCCAGAAUUGGGAGUGAUUUAGGGGCUACAUGAAAAAGAGCGCGGGAAGCUGAUCGGGGAAUGGCCGUGCAGGUACUUGAUGAACAACCUCGAUUGGUUGCAGGAGCAGAUGGGCGAUUACGACGACGAUUAUGCAAGUACCGUUCACCCAGCACACCAGGGCCCAACACUCAAGCUGACCCCAACCCCCUCAUCGCAGUUGGUCAUCGACUGCCCCGGCCAGAUCGAACUCUACACGCACAUACCCGUCCUGCCCAAACUCGCCAAACUGCUCACCUCGACCAUGGGCAUCCAACUCGUCUCCGUCUACCUCCUCGAAUCCCAAUUCAUGGAAGAUACUGCCAAGUACUUUUCAGGCGUGUUGAGUGCGAUGAGUUGCAUGGUUGGCUUGGAGGUGCCGAGCGUGAAUGUGAUGAGCAAGAUGGAUUUGGUCAAGAAGGGGACCACGGGCGCCAAGAGGCGGAAGCAGGUUGAUAGGUGCGUACAAGAUAUUCCACUGCGAAAUGCCUCGCGCUGAGUUGGCUCUUGUCGGAUAGGUUCCUCGAUCCGGACCCGGAACUAUUACGCGAAUCGGCAAACCGGACCACGAACCCCAAGUUCCAUGCGCUCAAUUCGGCCCUCGUCCAAUUGGUCAGUUCAAAGUGAACCUCGGUCGUCAGCGAGACAACGUACUCACCCUGCGCUUACUCGAUUCACGGUCUCGGGACCAGAUCGAGGACUUCAACAUGGUGCAAUUCUUGCCUUUGGACGUGACCGACGAGGAAUCGAUCGGGGUCGUUUUGUCUCAUAUCGAUAACGCUAUUCAGUCAGUCUUGGAAGUACAUGGAAAAGGCUUCAUCUGAUCACUUGCUGAGUGUGACUACCCUUCCUGCUGUUCAGGUACGGAGAGCACGAGGAGCCCAAGGAACCGCAUGAUGUGAGUCUUCGCGCUUCCUCUUGCUCUUGCCUGAAAGAUGAAACUGACCCAAGCGAGGUUGUGUCUUGUCUAACAGAUGGACGAGGGUGAUUUCGACGUAGCAGAAUAG